AUGGCGACCAGUUUGCUUCUGUUUCUGUUGCUGGGAUCUGUCUACCACGCCUCUCUUCAGAGCGUUGAGUGUCCUCAGUUCGAGUUUGGAGAUGAAUUCUUCAGAUGUGGAAGUAGUGGAGACUGUGUCCUCGCCCAGGACGUUUGUGACGGCGAAGAUGAUUGUGCAGAAGGUUUAGAUGAAGGAGAUUGCUGGAGCAAAGCGUGUCCACAGUGGGCGCCCCCGGACGACUUUUUCAGGUGUGAAAGUAGUGGAGCCUGUGUCCAUCAGUUGUACACAUGUGACGGUAACCACGACUGUCCUGACGGUUCAGAUGAGACGGAUUGCUCGGGCGGAGGGUGUCCCCACCCCGAAGAUUUCAGGUGUGAAAGUAGCGGAACUUGUAUCCAUCCGGCAAACCAAUGUGACGGCAUUGAUGACUGUGCAGACGGCUCAGAUGAGGAAGACUGCUGGACCAAGGAGUGUCCCGAUUCCGACAACUACUUCAGGUGUGAACGUAGUGGAGCAUGUGUUUAUCAAUCGAAUACAUGUGACGGUAACCGUGACUGUCCUGACUGGUCAGAUGAGAAGAAUUGCUCAGUCGGAGAGUGUCCCUUUGCCGAAGAUUUCAUGUGUGAGAAUAGUGGAGCAUGUAUCGUCGAAUGGAAUAGGUGUGACGGUAAUCAUAAUUGUCCUGACGGUUCGGAUGAAAGGGAUUGCUGGAGUGUAGAGUGUCUCGAACCCAACAAUUUCAGGUGUAAAAGUAGUGGAACUUGUAUCCAUCCAGCAAACCAAUGUAACGGCGUUCAUGACUGUGCAGACGGUUCAGACGAGGAAGGCUGCUGGAGCAAAGAGUGCACCCAAUGGUUACCCUUUGCCGUUUACUUCAGGUGUGAAAGUAGUGGAGCAUGUGUCCCUGAAUGGUUUACGUGUGACGGGCGCUACGAUUGUCAUGACGGUUCAGAUGAGAAGGAUUGCUGGAGUGAAGAGUGUCCCUUUCACGACUAUUUCAGGUGUAAAAGUAGUGGAGCCUGUGUCCAACAGUCUGGACUAUGUAAUGGUUACGAUGACUGCCCUGACAGUUCGGAUGAAGACUGCUCGAGUGAAGAGUGUCCCGAUCCCGAUUUUUUCAAGUGUGAAAGUGGUGAAACCUGUGUCCAUCCGUCAAAGCAUUGUAACGGCAUCAAUGAUUGUAUCGACGGUUCAGAUGAGAAUUGCUGGGACACAGAGUGUCCCUUUAAGGACGCUAUAAGGUGUGAAAGUAACGGAGCCUGCCUCAGUCCAGAACAAUUUUGUGAUGGACACCGUGACUGCCGGGACGGUUUAGCAUUAGAUGAUGAAGAUUGCGAAGAGUGCCCAUAUCCUAACGAUUUCAUGUGUGAAUACGGUGGAAUGUGCAUCCGUCCGGAGAAACACUGUGACGGUUUCGAGGACUGUUUUGACCACUCAGAUGAGGAAGACUGCUGGGGCAAGGAGUGCCUUGUGUCCGAGAGUUUCAAGUGUACAGUUAGCGCAAAAUGUAUCCUUGACACGAAGCGCUGCGAUGGGAUUGUCAACUGUCACCGCUAUGACGUCCGCGACGACUCCGAUGAGAGUAGCUGCGGUAAGCUCACUUUUUCAUAA